CGCUCCAGAAAUGUAUUCCGCGGUCGUAUUCGUUUUUUUCAAACCUUCUUAUCGAUCGUAUGCCGAUUGCCCGACGCAGAUCCGAAAAAAGAUUUCCAUUGCUGGCGAACCGGAACCAACGUCUUCACCUGCUGCCAGCCAAGGUUCUCUUCAACGAUCAUUAUCGAAAACUUGUCCCAACUGGAACAGAACGACGAAGAUGCAGAGCAAAUCGACCACUUGGAAGAAGGGAAUCAUCCCAUCAGAUCGGAUUCACCCGGCAACAAUUCUACACGGCUUUCCGCUCGUACAAGUUUGUCGUAUUGAAGCAAGACAUCUCCGAAGAUUCUCUCCGCCUUGUAUAGCAGGCAGUCAGCCAGCUCGGGUUAUCUGGUUCGUCCAAUGCCCAAUGUGGUCCCUUGAUGACUUGAUUAGUGCAAGCAGGAAGAUGAACGAUACAUCCGGAAGUAAGGGAAAUAUUGGAGAAGACGUUCAAGACUGAUACCUUCAGCUUCUUACUACAUUUCCGAGACCGUGACUGCCUGGAUAUAAUCGCUGAAACUCUGGAACUUCGUUUAAUAGAAAAAUGGCUCGCCCAACAGUUCCAAUGGUUUCAAUAAUUUAAUUUUGAUCACGCAAAAAAAAAAUCAAUGAGAUUUAUAAAAAG